GCGUGUUACACUCCAGUGCAGCAAUGCGAGCCGGAAUCUUGUCAGCCAGGUGGGUCGGCAGCCAGUUUUGGGCUCCGCCCGCGUGGGAGCCGAGGGGGCCGGGCUCCCCCCUUUUGUCAGUGACGCCAUCGAGGCGCGGCCGCCUCUCGGCUCGUCCGCUCUCGUCUUCGCUCGCGAGUCAAGAAGUGAGACGACCACAGCUGCUCAGACGGCGACAUGGAGCCCGCGCGAGAUGAGCCCCGGCAGCAGGACGCCGCACCUCAACGAGGUCCCGAAGGGGACUCCCAAGGAGAGCCCCGGGGAGAACCGCAAAGUGGCUCAGAAGGGGUCCCAGAGGGACGCCCACAAGCGGAAGAAGCUCCUGACAAGCAAGUGGAGCAGCAGCAGCAGCAGCAGGAGGAGGCAGCAGAGGAGGAAGAGGAGGACGUCUUGGACGAGGACACGGUGGUGUGCGACUCGUGCAUGGAGCGUCCGCGGCGGGCGCUCAAGUCGUGCCUGACGUGUUUGGUGUCGUACUGCGAGGCGCACCUGCGCCCGCACCUGGAGAACGCCAAGUUCCACAACCAUCGGCUGGUGGCGCCGCUGCGCGACAUCGAGCGCCGCACCUGCGAGAUCCACAAGUGGCCCCUGGAGCUCUUCUGCCGCGCCGACGCCUGCUGCUUGUGCCGCGACUGUUUGGCCGAUGACCACCGCGGCCACGACACCGUCCCCGUCGCGCAGGCGCGCCGCCAGCUGGAGAGGGAGCUGAAGGACAAACGCGGCGAGAUGACCAAGACGUUGACGGCGGCGGAGAACGCCAUGGACAAGCUGCAGCUCAACACCGUGUCCAUCCAGAACUCGGUGACGCAGGUGCGCGCCGUGGUCCGGGCCGAGUUCGAGCAGCUGCGGGCGGCCGUGGAGAAAGCCGAGAGGGAGGUGAGCGAGAUCCUGGAGGCCGAGGAGAAGCAGGCGCUGGGGCAGGCCGAGGGCAUCCGCGCCCACCUGGAGCAAAGGUGCGGCGAGCUGAACAAGACGCGGGCGCAGGUGGACAAGCUCUCGCGCAACAAGAACGACGUCGACUUCCUGCAGGAGUAUUGCGAGUGGAAGAAAGAGGCGUCUGACAUCUCGCUGCCCGGCGUCUACAUUGGGCUGAUGGACGGCCUCAAGUCGAUCAGCCACGUGAUCGCCGAGGCCACGCAGGAGCUCUGCGCCACGCUGGCCACGUCCUACAUGGACAAGGUCAGGGAGACGUGCAACACUGACAAUGUUGGAAUUAAGACGACGGUGCAGACCAUCGUUGCAGCUAGACAGCGCAUGACCCUUCCCGAGCCGGUCACGCGGGCCGAUUUCCUCAAGUACGGCGCUCAGGUGAGCUUCGACGCCGACACGGCUCACGUCUUCCUGCGUUUGACCGAAGACAACCGCAAGGUGACCAACACCACGCCCUGGCAGCAUCCCUACCCCGACCUCCCCGAGCGCUUCCAGGACUGGCGUCAGGUGCUGGCGGUGGAGAGUUUCUACCUGGGCCGCCAUUACUUUGAGGCGGACAUCGGCGGCGAGGGCACGCACGUGGGCCUCACCUACAAGAGCAUCCAGCGCAAAGGCGGCGACAGCAGCGGCUGCAUCACCGCUAACAACUUCUCCUGGUGCCUACACUGGAACGGUCGCGCCUUCUCCGCCUGGCACAGCGGCGUGGAGACGCCUCUCAGCGCGGGGAACUUUACGCGACUCGGGGUGUACGUGGACUCGGCCGGAGGCCUCUUAGCCUUCUACGGCGUGGACGAGACCAUGACGCUCAUCCACCGCUACGAGGCCGAGUUCCUGGAGCCACUCUAUCCCGCCUUCUGGUUACCCAAGAAGGAGAAUGUGGUGCUUUUGGUGCCACCUGGCGAGGCCUUGCCCCUCAAGUGUCCCUCUGCGCCCACGUCCCCCAAAAACGGCGUCCCUCCUCCGUAAAGGCCAAGAAACGCCGUCCAUCUUCCGGGAAGCUUACUGCUGUGUGUGUUAGUUGCGACGAGGGAGGAAGUGUCACUCUAUUUAUAUCAUGUCAACAUGCACACACUUCCUGCAUGUCUGCAUGGAAUUGCUGAGAAUGAAACUCUGCAUCCAUGCACGAACCCCCAGAUACUCCCAAGGAGAAAUAAACUCACGAAAUAAAGUAUUUUUAUGUGUA